GUCCACCUCUUAGAUCUAAGUAGCUUGAAGAGAUAUCACUAUACGAGGCAGGGUUUACACCUUAACUAUAAAGGAAAGAGAAAAUUGUCUUUUAUGAUAUUACAUACGUUAAAAUGCAUGGAAAAUAAACCUGUUAAUACACAAAGCAAUGUUGAACAGAGUAACGAAAAAUGUAACAUAACAGUUGCAGAAAGGGACAUGAACGAAUUUAUACUGAAGCAUCAAUGUAAUGGGGAUACUGCAUUCUCACAUUGCAUAUCAGCUGAUAAACAUAUGGGGGCAGGGGUAGCAGUAAUUUUUAAACAAAACUUUGGGAAACCUGCCCCUACAGACAUCCUCCAAGACAGUUUAGCAUAUCAACAGGUGAGUGGAGGAGCAGGAGUGUACAGCCUCAUUACCAAACCGAUAUACUAUUCUAAGCCAACAAUCACGGACUACAAUCAUGCCUUUGAACAGCUAACCAAAGACUUCCAAAAGAAGAAAUUUAAAAGACUCAUUUGUUCACCAAUGGGGUGUAUGCGUGAUCGAAUAUCCCCCAAACACUUUAUAUCAAACAUACGUAAGUUUCAACAGUCUACUAAAGCUUUGGUUACAAUAGUUUUAUCUAAUGAGAAAUCCCAUCAUAAUCUUAGAAGAGGAUUGACUCAUGAGCAGCUGUUAAAGGAACUCCAGCACAAUAUUUCUAUCUCACAAGACAAUUCAUCUAUCCUGUCUGCACAACUAGCAGCGAACCCUGCAAAACCAACAGAAACCCCUGCACAACCAACGACAGACCCGGCACAAGUAACAGAAAACUCUGCAAAACCAACAGAAACCCCUGCACAACCAACGACAGACCCUGCACAAGCAACAGAAACCCUUACACAACCAAUGACAGACCCUGCACAACCAACAGAAACCCCUACACAACCAACAACAGACCCUGCACAAGCAACAGAAAACUCUGCACAACCAACGACAGACCCUGCAAAACCAACAGAAACCCCUGCACAACCAACGACAGACCCUGCACAAGCAACAGAAACCCUUACACAACCAAAGACAGACCCUACACAAGCAACAGAAACCCCUACACAACCAACGACAGACCCUGCACAACCAACAGAAACCCCUACACAACCAACGACAGACCCUGCACAAGCAACAGAAAACUCUGCACAACCAACGACAGACCCUGCAAAACCAACAGAAACCCCUGCACAACCAACGACAGACCCUUCACAAGCAACAGAAAACUCUGCACAACCAACGACAGACCCUUCACAAGCAACAGAAAACUCUGCACAACCAACAACAGACCCUGCAAAACCAACAGAAACCCCUACACAACCAACGACAGACCCUGCACAAGCAACAGAAACCCUUACACAACCAACGACAGACCCUGCAAAACCAACAACAGACCCUGCACAACCAACAACAAACUCUGGACAACCAACAACAGACCCUGCACAACCAACAACAAACCUACAGUCUUCUCCAUGUCAAGGCUGGCCUACACCUGUAAUAGAGGAUGCCAAGAAAAAUUUAAAGACAUCAAGCUGUUAAGUCAAAAAGAGAAGCGACACAACAACCAGCCAAACCUACAACAUCCUACAAAAUAGUGUCUUGUGUCAGUGUGAGUGAUCCUGGGCAAUAUGGUGGAAAGUGUGAUUCCAGCUCUUCAAACAAGAUGUUUUAGACAACAAAACUCUAACUGCCAUCUCCUGUAAUGCUAGUCUAGAUACUGUAGUCAAAUAAUUAGCAAUACCUUAAGUA